AUGACCGGAAGAGGUAAAGGAGGAAAAGGAUUGGGCAAAGGGGGCGCCAAGCGGCAUCGUAAAGUUCUCCGAGACAACAUCCAAGGCAUCACCAAACCAGCCAUCAGACGGUUGGCGAGACGUGGCGGUGUCAAGCGUAUAUCAGGUUUGAUCUACGAAGAGACCCGUGGUGUGCUGAAGGUGUUUUUGGAAAACGUAAUCCGAGACGCAGUCACUUACACCGAACACGCCAAAAGGAAAACAGUUACAGCUAUGGACGUCGUCUACGCUUUGAAACGACAAGGACGUACUCUUUACGGAUUCGGAGGUUAA